AUGAGUGAGCAGCCCACAAGGCCGGCUGGUCGGAAAAGGCGGCAUUCCAACGACGCUCUAAAGCGCUCAUCAGUCGCCUGCGAUCGAUGUCGGGGCAGGAAGACGAAAUGCGCCGGCAACUACCCGCAUCCUUGCGCUGCAUGCAUAGACGCUCGGCAAUCUUGUGUUUACUCUGACACGGAAAAGCGUGUUAGCGUUCCAGAAAGCUACCUACACAAACUACAGGCUCAUGCUCGGAAGGCUAACGCACAGCCUCGUGGGCCUGCGGUCACUACGCCCGAGCAUGUGUCCCAAAAUGUGGACUUCGUGGCUUUCACUGGGACGGACAACUGGGUUUCCGGUGGCCAAGGACAAUACUACUACAUGGGAAAUUCAUCAUCGACGUACAUCGCCAACAGACUUGUCCCAACCACGGAGGCCUUGACAUGGCAUCUGUACCCUCACUAUGAGGAUGCUUCCUGGCUUAGACGCUCCGUCAGCGCCGAGUUGCCGCAAUUGCCCCCUUUCGAGUUCGCAAAGCGCUUGUACUCUGCGCAGCGUGCGUACAUCGGUACUAUUUUUUCAUUCCUCAACGAUGAGGAAUUCUAUCCGCGUUUGAAGCGCGUAUACGCUCGUGCCCCAGACCCUGCUGACCAGGAGGAAUGUCUCAUCUGCUGCCAAGUCUUGCUUGUGUUCGCCUUGGGCCAAAUGUACUCUGUCAAUCAAUGGACAGGUAAUGACGGGCCCCCUGGUUUCUCUUACUUCAAGUCGGCCUUGAAGUUCCUACCAGACAGUCAUGAGGAUGGCUCAAUUCUAUUUGUGGAGGUGCUGAGCUACGUGGGCUACUACAUGCAGACUUUGAAUCGCAGGGACGCAGCUUACCUCUAUCUCGGCCUGGCUAUGCGGAUGGCGAUAUCUCUAGGCUUACACCAGGAAGUAACAGAUCAAGAACUCGACCCUCAUGAGCGGGAGCGCAGACGGCGGGUAUGGUGGUCGACCUACAGUCUAGACAGGCUACUCAGCGUUACGUCUGGUCAUCCUAUCUCGAUACAGGAUGACGAUAUUGAUGUCCUCCUCCCAAGCCCGACUGAUGGCGAAGAUACGCAUUUGCCCACGGUACUUAGAUGUUAUACUUCCUUGUCGAAGAUUCUGGGCAGGAUUGGUGAGGAGAUCUACAGGAGGAAACAGAAGUCAGGAACCAAUCUUGCUGCCUCAGUUCAGAACGUGAUGGACAGUCUGUCGGAAUGGUUUCGACAGAUUCCACCCAGCUCAAGGCUCGAAAUCUCUGAUCUCGAAAAGGAGGUCCACCGAGAGCAGGUCUCUCUCUAUCUCUACUACUACCAGUGUAUCAGUAUGACAGCUCGACCAUUGCUUCUUUAUGCGGUACGAAGGCACAUGGCGGCCACUGCCCAACGGCCUGCGACAACGCGAUGGGAGGAUGGCCUGCCAGCGGGUAUGGUGAGCGUAAUCCAAGCUGCCAUCGCAGCUGCACGGUCGAGUGUUUCAAUCUUGAACAAAGCGGCAAAAUUCAACCUCGUGGCCACAUAUGGAUUCAUCGAUGGGGAGCAGGCAUUUUCAUCGGCACUGCUGCUCGUCAUGGUGAACAUGGCCUUCCCGCAUACCGAGAUCGAUGCCUCUGCCAUGGACACUUCCUUGAAUGUGCUACAAGGCAUGGCGGAUAAAGGCAACCGGUAUAUCCGUGCAUGCCAUUCAUUACUACACAAAAUCAGGGAGACCAUCAAAUCAAGGCCUCCACCUCCACCGCAAGUACACAGAGCGGAGAUCACCAACAAUCAGCCGUCUCAGCAGGUCCUCGAUCAGCAGCUAUUCCAAGUCCAGCCAGCUGCUUUUAAUCCAAUGGCUGCAGGUAUGUCGGGUGUACAGGAUAACAGCUGGUCCUUGGCCAUGGACGAUGACGUUGGGUUAUGGACGGAGGUUUUAGACUCCAUUGGCAUUGAUAUGGACAGGCACUGGGUGGAGACGGCUCUGAUGGCUGAGGACUCUCUGACUAUGGAUCCGAGGAGCAUGUAG